GUCGACAGUGCUGACUUUCAAGCAGAUCUUGACCAUAAGUUGGCAAUCGUGCCCGGGGCAGCCUUUGACUCCUAUGAGAAUCAGCAUAAGGACGAAUGUCUCCCAGGCACACGGACCGGUAUCCUCAAUCAAAUCAAAGAAUGGGCUGCAUCCCCGUAUAGGGAAGCAAUAUUCUGGUUAUAUGGAAUAGCUGGAACAGGGAAGUCGACUAUCUCUCGAACAAUCGCGAAAUCUUUCAGCGAAACACGUUCACUUGGAGCAAGCUUUUUCUUUGAGAGAGGCGAAGGGGACAGAGGAAAUGCGAGAAAGCUCUUCCCAACAAUUGCAAGGCAACUAGCAAUUACUCAUCCCUUGCUGAUGCCAAUUCUGCAUGAAGCAGUCAAUGAUAAUCCAGGCAUUGCAGCAAAGGGACUACGGGAACAAUUCGAUAAACUCCUUUUUCAACCACUCAAGAAACUUCCCCGAUCUAAUACCUCACUUCAGACUGUGGUAAUAGUUAUUGACGCAUUAGACGAAUGCGAGGGAGAUGGUGACAUACAGCUUAUACUUCAACUUCUCCCGCAACUCCAAAAGGCAACUACAAUGUGUCUACAGGUACUUUUGACAAGUAGACCUGAUCUAUCCCGCUUCGGAUUCUCAAAGAUGAACCUCGAUCAUUAUAAGGAUUUUGUUCUCCACAAUAUUCCUUUAGAAGUGAUUGAGCACGAUAUAACCUUAUUUUUCUAUCAUCGACUUGCAGAAAUUAGGGUGCUACAUAACCUACCCACAGAAUGGCCAGGCAAGAGAGAUCUCCAAAGGCUAGUCACUUUAUCCAUUCCAUCAUUCAUCUUCGCUGCCACUAUUUGUCGUAUAUUUGAAGAUCUUGAUUGGGACCCUGCCGAUAGCCUUUCUUCAAUCUUGACUCAACAAGAUGAUCGCACAAGGCUGGCUGGGACAUAUCUGCCAGUCCUUGAUCGUCUUCUUGACAGACAAAAUAAGAAUCAAAAAGAACAGCUAGUCUUGCAAUUUCACCAGGUCAUCGGUGCUAUAGUGGUCUUAGAAACAUCACUUUCUAUAUGCGCACUAUCGAGGCUUUUAGGGAUUUCUCAGCGGCUUGUACAUCUUCGACUAAGUCCGCUUCAGUCAGUACUAAGAGUGCCAGACAAUGACAUAACACCUAUACGGCUUUUUCAUCUGUCUUUCAGGGAAUUUCUUCUUGAUCCAGAUACCAGGACAAAGACCCCACUCGGUAUAAGCGAGAUCGAGGCGCAUAAUAUGCUGACCAGAAAAUGCCUACAUAUGUGUCAAAAACUAGAGGAGAAUAUCUGUCAACUACCGAAUUAUGGGAGCCAGAGUGUGGAAAUUGACCGCCAAACUAUCAAUGAUUAUCUUCCUCCAGAGUUACAGUAUGCUUGCCGGUACUGGGCACAUCACCUAGUGCAAUGUAAGGAGUUGACAAACAUAGCCUAUGAAGCUCAUUCAUUUCUCCAGACACACCUUUUGUUCUGGAUAGAGGCAAUGAGUCUAUUAGGCCGUGCGUUAGAGAUAUCGGGUAUCCUUGACCUCCUUCAAACAGCUAUAGGGGGGAACGGCCCUUAUCCGAUUCUACAAUUUUUCCACGAUGCUAAACGUUUCGUUCUCAAAAGUCAACAUAUAUUUGAUCAAGCUCCACUUCAGGUCUAUCGUGCAGGACUUGUAUUCUUACCCCGGGCAUCAAUAAUUCGUACAAUCUUUGCGGAUAAGCAUUCUCAUUGGAUAAGCCAGUGCCCAUUGGUUAAUGAGACAUGGAGUGCAGAAUUACAGGCUCUCGAAGCCCAUUCAGAUUCGGUCUUAUCGGUCACUUUCUCACCAGAUGGCUACCUUGUGGCAUCUGGAUCUAAAGAUCAGACAGUACAUCUCUGGGAUCCAGCAACAGGUGCAAUCAUACAAAUUCUUUGGGGCCAUUCUGGCCCAGUUAAUUCAUUAUCCUUCUCGUCUGAUAGCCACCGACUAGCAACCGGAUCUGAUGAUAACACAUUGCGGGUCUGGGACCUAGCAACGGGUGAGGAGCUAUAUAUUCUCGAGGGACAUUCGAACUCGGUCUUAUCGGUCUCGUUCUCACCUGAUGAUCGCCUUCUGGCAUCUGGAUCUGAAGAUCAGACAGUACGCCUCUGGGAUCCAGCAACAGGCGCAAUCAUACAAAUUCUUGAGGGCCAUUCUGGCCCAGUCAAUUCAUUAUCCUUCUCAUCUGAUGGCCACCGACUAGCAACAGGAUCUGAUGAUAACACAUUGCGGGUCUGGGACCUAGCAACGGGCGAGGAGCUAUAUAUUCUCGAGGGACAUUCGAACUCGGUCUUGUCGGUCUCGUUCUCACCUGAUGAUCGCCUUCUGGCAUCUGGAUCUGAAGAUCAGACAGUACGCCUCUGGGAUACAGCUAAAGGAGCCUCGAAACAGAUUCUUGAUAUCUAUUCGAGCUCAUUCAACUCGGUUGUGUUCUCGCCUGACGGCCAGGUACUAGCUACUGGUUCGGCCAAUUGGGUUGUACGACUCUGGGACUUGGUGACAGGUACACUACAGAAGACCAUUGAUGGCCACAUGACCUUGGGCUUCAGUCUGUCGGCAGCGUCUGAAUCUGUGGCCUUCUCACCCGACGGCCAGCUACUGGCAUCUUGCUCUGCCAAUGAAACAGUCCGCCUUUGGGACCCAAUGGUGGGUGAGAUUACUGAAACCCUUGAUGGAGAUGACCUUGAACCUCCGGUGGAUUUUAUGGCAUUUUCGCCCGACGGCCUUUUCCUGGCAUCCGGAUCCUUCGAGAGUCCAGUAGUGUGCCUUUGGAACACAACUACCGGUGCCCUUACCCAUACCCUUGAGGGGCAUUCCCGAUCUGUAAAUUCGGUGACCUUCUCGCCCGAUAGUCGAAUACUGGCAUCGUCCUCUAGCGAUGGAACAUCACGCCUCUGGGAAUUACCUAUUGGAACCUUAAAGCAGACAUUGAGUUCCCAACACGGUUCAGUCCACUCGGUGGCUUUCUCAUGCGAUGGUAAGUUACUAGCAUCUUGCACAGAUGACGGGAUCUGCGUCUGGGACCUCACGAGAGGCACAAUAUACCAGACUAUUGAUUGCAAUUCGGAAUCUACUUACUCGGCGGCCUUCUCAUCAGAUAGCAGUCUACUAGUGGUUGGCACAGAGGAUGGGAGAUUGUGUAUCUACGACGUUGCAACCGUCGAAUUAUAUCAUGAAGUUGAUGGUCAUUCGGAUUGGGUUAAUUCUUUGGCAUUCUCUCCCGAUAACCGACUACUGGCGUCUUGGUCUAUGGAUGAAACUGUGUGUCUCUGGGCCUUCGACAAUGGUGAACUCUCGGAAAUUUGGACUUACGAGAUAAGAGACGAUACUUCUGGAUUUUUCCAGGACGGUUUAUAUCUACACGCCGGUUUAAGUUCCCUUGAUGUUGAAAUGUCUUUUACAAAUUCUAUGUGUCCUGACAUCUCCAUUGAGGAUGGGCAAUGGAUAAGUUUAGACGGCGAAAGGAUUCUCUGGCUACCUGUCGAGUUCAGACCUAAACGGUUCAAGAUUAAUGGUAACAAACUUGCUUUGGGACAUGCAUCGGGGAAGGUAUCUUUUUUCCAGUUUUGUAUAUAA